AUGUUCCGGAAUGAAGUUACGGGUCCUAAGUUAUGGUUUAAUGAAAUAUUGGUUACAAAAUCUAUAGCUAAAAGAGAAUUUCAAAAGCAUAAUUAUGAAAUAGCUGCUCAAUACUGUGAGAAAGUAUUGGCGGUGUCCGGUAAUGAUUUAAGCACUAGAAUCCUUCUAAGUAAAUGUCAACAGAACUUGUUUCAACCGAAAUUGGCCUACACAAAUCAUUUGCUAGCAGAAGCUCAAUUUCCUGACGAAUUAUCAGUCUUGGAGAACAGAGCAAGUAUAAUGCUAGACAAUGAGGAAUUUGAAGAAAGUUUAAUAACAUAUUUGAACGGAGCAAAGAAAAGGAUUCAGCCAUUAGAUUUUAUAUUGGGAGUUCUUAAGGUGUCGGAAAUAAUAAACGGCUCGACAAAUUUAAAAAAAGAAAAAUAUAGAAAACCUUGUUUGGGAAAUGCAGUUAUCAAGUUGGCAAAUCUAGGGGGUUUGGAUAACGUGGCAGCUUUGCACUCGAUACUUUCUAAAACAAAACGUACGUGCAAAAAAAAAAAUCAAUCAUUUUAUCUUGGUCGUUUAGCGCAAGAUAAAAAGUACUUUGAUAAAGUACUAAAAUCCGGUGGUCCUAAGCGGCCGUUUUACGAGGCAGAAAAGAAAAUGUUAGGUAACAUGAAACGAGUAGUCGACACGCUAAAUGUAGCUUACGAACAAUUUUAUAAAAGAAAACAGAUUUUUGUUUAUAAAUGUGAAGAGCCUAAAAUGAAAGGUGAUCGACUUUUAACUCAAAUCAAUAAUUCUAAACUUGUAAAAGACAUGGGACAUCUUAUGAUUUGCAAAUACUUAAACAUUAUCAUUCAACUGCUAACAAAAAACGAAAUAAAAGAAGCCAAAUUAAGAACAGAGCUAAUGAUAGAGUUUAUGGAAAAAAAAUCAUAUAAAUUCAACAAAAUUUUGGAUGCGAUUUACCAAAGUUUUGGAAUAGCGCAAUAUUUAUCAUUUCAAAAUAUAAAUCGGUGGAGCAUAAAAGAUAAUCAUCAAAGAAUGCUCAUUUUUUUAGGAGCUGCUAAAAAUAAUAUACCACUCCAUGAAUCUGUAUUUGGACCAUAUGAUAUAAAUCCGAAAAUAACAAUAAAUAAAUUACGUGCACGUGUUGAAAAGACGAAUUCCAUUAUAGAAAAAAUUUACAUAUACUACGAAAAAGCUAAAUGUCAUUUGGAUUUGGGUGACCUUAAAAAAGCUCGAAAUAAAACCACCAAAUGUUUACAGUUAGCUAAAGAAAUUAAUAAUCAUACGUGGACUGUGAAUGCAUUAAUUUUACUCGUAUCAAUUGAAUUUCAAUUAGACAAUAAACCUAAGUGUUGUAACAUAUUAUACAAAGCUAUUGAAAUUGCGAAUAAUCUUCAAGUGCCGGGAGUCAUAGUGUUUUUGGAUAAGGUGGCUAAAAUGAUUUUUGAAACAAAAGCUAUACAUACUUCAAGCAUUGAUAAAAAGAUAAUGGAUGUAUUGAAUUUCAUGCCAGACGUUUCAGCGAGAGUGAAUGCGAUGUGCAGGCUUAAACUAUUAUCCACUAUGCCGAUAAAUCUGUAA